AUGAAUCCAAACGGCCUCCCUGGGAAAGUUCUCCUGCUGCUAUGCACUGUUCUGUCCUUCAGUGUGGGAUUAGAGUUCACUGGUUCAGAAGGUCAGUGGGCUCGAUACCUGCGCUGGGAUGCCAGCACCAGAAGUGACCUGACCUUCCGGUUCAAGACAUCCAAUUCAGAAGGCCUCAUGCUCUACUUUGACGAUGGCGGAUAUUGUGACUUCUUACUCCUAACUGUGUUCGAGGGCAAAUUGCAGCUUCGCUUCAGUAUUGAUUGUGCCGAAACCACCAUCACGUCUGACAAAAAGGUGAACGACAGCCGCUGGCACUUUGCCGCUAUCAAUCGGCACAAUUUGCGGAGCGGCUUGGCCGUGGACGGCCAGACCAAGACAGCGGAAGUGCGACCUCAGCGACAAUUCAUGAAGAUCGUAAGCGACCUCUUUCUCGGUGGGCUUCCAGGAGACAUACGGACAUCUGCCAUCACCUUGCCUUCUGUCCGUGAGCUGGUUCCGUUCAAGGGGAUCAUCACUGACCUCAUAUAUGGGAGUAAACUGCCCACGCUCAUCAACAGUCAUAAAGUACGCUUAGAAAUGUUGGGUCUCUGCACAGAGAACCCCUGUGAGAAUGGAGGGAUCUGCUCACUGGCAGAUGGUGAACCCUACUGUGACUGCUCGAGAACUGGAUUUGUAGGCAGAUACUGCAAUGAAGUUGAAUUGUUUGGGGUAACACACUUAAUGUGUGGAGACACAGGACAGAGGCUGACAAGGGAGGAAAACGUGGCCACCUUCCGGGGCUCUGAGUACUUCUGUUAUGACCUGUCGCAGAACCCCAUCCAAAGCAGCAGCGACGAGAUCACGCUGUCCUUCAAGACGUGGCAACGCAACGGCCUCCUGCUCCAUACGGGGAAAUCGGCAGACUAUGUCAAUCUGGCGCUAAAAGAUGGGGCGGUUUCCCUCGUCAUCAACCUGGGUUCUGGGGCCUUCGAGGCCAUCGUCGAGCCCGUCAAUGGAAAAUUCAAUGACAACGCCUGGCACGAUAUCAAAGUCACACGCAACCUGAGACAGCAAUCAGGCAUUGGACACGCUAUGGUAAACAAACUACAUUGUCUGGUGACUAUAUCAGUUGAUGGAAUCCUCACCACCACUGGCUACACUCAGGAAGACUACACCAUGCUGGGCUCUGAUGAUUUCUUCUAUGUGGGUGGGAGCCCCAGCACCGCAGACCUUCCUGGAUCCCCAGUUAGCAACAAUUUUAUGGGCUGCCUCAAAGAGGUAGUGUACAAGAACAACGACAUCCGUCUGGAACUGUCCCGCCUGGCCCGAAUCGUAGACCCAAAGAUGAAACUUCAGGGCGAUGUGGUCUUUAAGUGUGAAAACGUUCCGACACUUGACCCCAUCAACUUUGAGAAUCCCGACUCCUACUUGGCCUUGCCAAAAUGGAACACCAAACGCGUCGGCUCCAUCUCUUUCGACUUCCGAACCUCAGAGCCCAACGGUUUAAUACUUUUUACCCAUGGCAAACCUCAGGAGAGGCGUGAUGCCAAAUCUCAGAAAACUAAUAAGGUGGACUUCUUUGCUGUUGAGCUUCUGGAUGGGAUACUAUACCUGGUGCUGGACAUGGGUUCUGGUACAAUCAAGGUGAAAGCGACACAGGCAAAAGUUAAUGAAGGCAGCUGGCACCAUGUGGACAUCCAGAGGGAUGGUCGCUCAGGCAUCAUCUCUGUAAACAGCCGCCGGACACCUUUCACAGCCAGUGGAGAAAAUGAGAUCUUAGACCUGGAGGGGGAUCUUUAUUUAGGCGGUCUUCCUGACAACCGAGCAGGUUUGGUGCUACCCACUGAGCUCUGGACCGCCAUGUUAAACUAUGGCUACGUGGGCUGCAUCCGGGAUCUUUUCAUUGAUGGACGCAGCAAAGAUAUUCGACAGAUUGCUAUGUCCCAGAAUGUGACUGGUAUCAAGUCUUCGUGUAGCAAGGUGAUGGCGAAACAGUGUGACAGCAACCCUUGCAAGAACAGUGGGCUAUGUAAGGAAGGAUGGAAUCGCUUCAUAUGCGACUGCACAGGAACGGGCUUCUGGGACAGCACAUGUGAAAGGGAAGCGUCCAUUCUGUCCUAUGAUGGCAGCAUGUACAUGAAGGUGGUGAUCCCAAAUGUGGUGCACACAGAGGCGGAGGAUGUCUCACUUCGCUUCAUGUCCCAAAGGGCAUUCGGUCUGCUAAUGGCAGCAUCAUCCCGGGAAUCUGCAGACACGUUGCGACUGGAGUUGGACAGCGGAAGGGUCAAACUGACGGUCAACUUAGACUGUGUCAGGAUAAACUGUAACACCAGCAAGGGUCCUGAGGCUCUUUAUGCUGGUCAAAAGCUCAACGACAAUGAAUGGCACUCAGUGCGAGUGGUCCGCCGGGGUAAAAACAUCAAACUCAUUGUGGAUGACGACAUGGCUGAAGGUCAGAUGGCAGGCGAUCAUACCCGUUUGGAGUUCAACAACGUGGAGACAGGCAUCCUGACUGAGAGACGCUUUGUGUCCUCAGCACCCUCUUCAUUUAUAGGACACCUCCAGAGUCUCAAGUUCAACGGCAUGCAGUACAUCGAUAUGUGCAAGAAUGGGGACAUUGACUUCUGUGAACUCAACGCCCGUUUUGGAAUGCGCUUCAUCAUUGCUGACCCCGUGACGUUCAAGACCAAGGGCAGCUACCUGGGCUUGGCCACUCUGCAGGCAUACACCACAAUGCACCUCUUCUUUCAGUUCAAAACAACCUCUCCCGAUGGCUUCAUCCUCUUUAACAGUGGCGACGGGAGUGAUUUUAUUGCAGUGGAACUGGUCAAAGGGUUCAUCCACUAUGUGUUUGAUCUUGGGAAUGGCCCAAGUUUGUUGAAAGGCAACAGUGACAACCAGCUGAAUGAUAACCAGUGGCAUAAUGUGGUGAUCACACGAGACGCUUCCAACACUCACACACUGAAAGUUGACUCCAAGUCAGUCACCCAGAAUGUCAACGGAGCAAAAAACCUUGAUUUAAAAGGUGAUCUCUUUGUGGGAGGCCUGGGACCAAACAUGUAUCAGAACCUCCCCAAGCUGGUGGUUUCUCGUGAAGGCUUCCAGGGCUGUUUGGCCUCAGUUGACCUCAAUGGCCGCCUGCCAGACCUCAUCAACGAUGCCCUUUUCCGCAGUGGGCAGAUUGAGCGGGGCUGUGAAGGCCCGAGCACCACCUGCCAGGAGGACUCAUGUGCCAACAUGGGUGUGUGCAUCCAACAGUGGGAAAACUUCACCUGUGAUUGCUCAAUGACAUCUUAUUCAGGAACUCAUUGCAAUGACCCUGGCACUACCUACAUCUUUGGCAAAGGAGGGGGUCUGAUCACGUACACGUGGCCUAAUAACGAAAGGCCCAGCACGCGGACAGACCGGCUGGCGGUAGGUUUUAGCACGACCAUCAAAGACGGCAUCCUCGUUCGCAUCGACAGUGCGCCGCGCCUUGGUGACUACAUCAUGCUCCACAUUGAGCAAGGGAAAGUAGGCGUGACCUUCAAUAUUGGGACAGUGGACAUCAGUGUUAAGGAGCUGACUACAGCAGUAAAUGAUGGCAAAUACCAUUUGGUUCGAUUCACCAGGAAUGGCGGCAACGCCACCUUACAAGUGGACAACUGGCCGAUCAAUGAGCACUUUCCUUCAGGCUACAGCGACAUUGAGCGCUAUCCAACGACACCUAAGAAAAUCCCAUUCAAAUAUACCCGGCCAGUAGAAGACUGGUCUCAGGAGAAAGGCCGUCAGCUCACUAUCUUCAACACCCAAGCGACUAUUUCCAUUGGUGGAAACGACCGCAAGCGGCCCUACCAAGGCCAGCUUUCAGGCCUCUACUACAAUGGCCUUAAAGUCCUCAACAUGGCUGCCGAAGGCCACGUCAAUAUCAAAGUGAAUGGCAGUGUUCGGCUUGUUGGGGAUGUUCCAGCCAGUAGGGGCGCAGCACGCACAACCACCUCAGUACCACCUGAGAUGUCCACCACCUUUAUCGAGACCACCACCACUCUGUCCACAACCACUACUCGCAAACAGCGCUCCCCACCCACCAUCCAGACGACAGAUGACAUUGUUUCAUCAGCCGAGUGCUCCAGUGACGACGAAGACUUGGAAGAGUGCGAUUCCGGACAUACAGGUGGGAUGAGAGGGGAGUUAGUCAUCCCCAUCUUAGUGGAGGAUCCGAUAGACGUCCCUUCUGUAUCCACCCGUUCUUCUUUCAUCUCCCUUCCCCCAACCCUCCACCCCCUCCUCACCAUUAUUGAGACCACCAAAGAAUCCUUGGCCAUGGCCACUGAGGCGGGGGUACCUUGCUUGUCGGACCGAGGCGGCGAUGAUUGUGAUGAUGGUGGUGAUGAUGAUGGUGAUGAUGGUGAUGAUGAUGAUGGCAUGGUGAUUUCGGGGUUUGGCUCUGGCGAAGCAUUCGACUCUAGCCUGCCCCCAACUGACGAUGAAGAUUUUGACAACACCUUCUCCCUGGUAACAGAUAAGAUCUUGACCACAUCAACCUAUGAAGGCGGCUACAAGGCCCUCGCACCCAAGUGGGAGGCCAAGGACUUGAGGCCUAGCAAAGCCUCUGAGGCAGGUAGGACUACACCCACCUUGCCUUUACCCAACCCUCGGGGCACGCCUGCUGCGGCGGCCCCUUCGGCCGCGCUUCCUAAGCUACCCGCUGGGAAAAUGAACAACCGCGAGGUAAAACCCCCGCAGCCGGACAUAGUCCUGCUUCCCCUGCCCACAUCUUUUGAUCUGGACGGCACCAAGCCACGGGGUCCUUACAUCACCUCGCCCAUGCUGCGCACGGUACCUAACGCCUUACCCACGGUGCCCGGCGUCGUGCGGCGAGUACCGCCGGGGGCCUCGGAGGUGAUACGGGAAUCGAGCAGCACCACGGGCAUGGUGGUGGGCAUUGUCUCAGCCGCCGCCCUCUGCAUCCUCAUCCUCCUCUACGCCAUGUACAAGUACAGGAACAGGGACGAAGGGUCCUACCAGGUGGACGAGACACGCAACUACAUCAGCAACUCGGCGCAAACCAAUGGCGCUGUGGUCAAAGAUAAAACGCCAAGCAGCGGCACCAAAAGCGGAGCAGCAAACAAGAGACCCAAAGACAAGGACAAGGAAUAUUAUGUAUAG